GAAGUACCAGCCCCCGGGGAAGCAGCCUCGCUGUGCCCACUCUCGCGACCUCCACGUCCCUGUCCAGCAUGGCCAAGCUCCUGCUGCUGCUGCUGGCUGUGUGGGUGCUCGCUGGGGAGCUGUGGCUGAGGGCUGAGGCCCGGGCAGCCCCCUAUGGAGUGAAGCUUUGUGGCCGGGAAUUCAUUCGAGCAGUCAUCUUCACCUGCGGGGGCUCCCGAUGGAGACGGUCAGACAUUCUGGCCCAAGAUGCUAUGGGGGACACCUUGCCAGACACAGACCCUGACGCAGACAGUGAGCUGGAUGAAGCAGUGGCCUCAAGCGAGUGGCUGGCCCAGACCAAGUCCUCCCAGUCCUUCUAUGGGGGCCCACCCAGCUGGCAGGGAACCCAGGGGGCUCUGCGAGGUGUCCGUGACAUCCUGGCUGGCCUCUCCAGCAACUGCUGCAAGUGGGGUUGUAGUAAGAGUGAAAUCAGCAGCCUCUGCUAGCCCAGGGACUCAGCAGUUGGAGGCAACAGGGUGGAUGCCCAGCUCUGCUGCCCACUCAACAGGUGUCCAGCUGGGCACCUGUCUCUGGCCCCUCGUGCAUUCAUUCAUCAGCAAGUCACAGAGAUCAGGCACUUUGGCCUUAGACACAGUCCCCCCAAACAACCUUGACCUUUGGCCACCAUAUCCUAAUCCGAGCAUACUGUCCUCUUACCUGGCCUAAUGGGGAUCUCUGAUCCUAACCCCCAACUCUCCCCAGCCGGUACCAUGGCCUUUGCCUGGCCUAUACAACAGUUCCCCUAUGCUAUCCAAACUGGCCACAUGGAGACCCCUGCCCAAAUUGUGACUGUCUCCUGCUCUAACUGUGGCCACUGUCCCCUGGCCAGCCCAAAUGAUGCCCCUGCCUCAUGCCAGCCUUUGCCCAUUCCCUUCCCCCUGCCUUCCAGCCCUUCUCCCUCCUUCGCCACCUGCUGGGGUUCUAAGGCUGUAGGUUGGUGUUAGGACCCCUGGGUCCCCUUCAUAUGCUGGGCUGGGAGGCUCGCGGUGGGUGGAGGGACGGAUCAGAAACUUCUCCAACUCGAAUAAUA